UUCUGUCGACUUUUCAAAUUCUUUUAAGUUUGCUUAUUAUAUCUCUUCUAGUGAUAUAUUCAUUAGGAAAGAAAUGGAGUAACAGAACGAAACAACGGGAAAAUUAUUCGUCUUCCUCUGCAUCUGCAGACAUUAAUUGUCCAGAAAAUAAAGGCAACGGCCAGGAGUUAAAAAUGAAUCUUCCGUCUAUAUCAUUUUUACCAGUUUUGUGGAACAUUUUGUUUUCUCAACGUAUCACGCAAUACCACAAUUCAUUCAUUGGGAUAUUUAUUUUAAAUUUAUUGACUGGACUCUCUGCGCUAUUUCAAAACGAGGAAGUUGCCUGUAUGAACACAUUUGGAUAUAAAUUUAUCUUUUUUUUACAUCCGGAAUCUGCAAAGGAAGUGUUAAGAAGCAACAGUUUAAUCAAUAAAAAUUUUAUAUAUGAUUUCUUCAAGCCACUUCUCGGAGACAACACUCUGCUGUCCAGUUCUGACGAUGAUUGGAGAAGAAGAAGAAAAUAUUUAGCUCCACAUGGACAAGUUUGGAAUCUCAAAGAUGACCAAAACAUAUUUAUGGAGCAUUCAAACGUCUUAGUGGAAAAACUCAAACAAUUGCAAAAGAAUGAAAUAUUCGAUAUUUUGGAAUGGAUGAAAUAUUGCACUCUCGAUAUAAUUGCAGGUAUUACUCUCUAA